AUGGAUCGCGUGGCAAACGCUGCGAAGCGAGCCGGAAGCCAUGCGACGCAUCAUUUGCAGAAGGCCGUCUCAGCGGCGAAGGAGCAAGGAUACUUCGAGCCCAUCUGCACUCAGCGGCACCUGUCUGUCCGCCAUUAUACCUUCGACGUGUUCCAGUACUGUGGAGACAUCGUCCAUGUGCUGGCGCUGGUGUUAUGCUUGGCGGUCAUCCUCCGCGAGAGUGGCACUGGCGGGAUCUCCUUUAAGACACACAUCCUAUACUUCAUCGUGUUCACUGCACGAUUCUCGAAUAUUUUCUUCUGUGAUCAGUCCAUCUAUCUGGUCAUCUACAAGGUGCUGCUUUGGAGCGUGACGUUGAAGAUUGUCUUGCUCCUGUACAUUUUCGGGGCAAGUGUGGACGAAAAGGACACCGUGUCCUUGCCAGCCGCCUUGUUCAUCAUCGUGGUGAUGACCUUGGUUUUCGGCGUUUACUCCUUGGAAGACCACGGACUUUUCGUGGAGAUCCUCUGGAUCUUUUCCACGUACCUCGAGAGCAUCUCGAUGUUGCCGCAGUACAUCUACUGCUACAGGGACGUCGACAACAAGUGCCCCUUGGUCUCCUCGUACGUCUUUGCCAUGGGAGGAUACCAGAUGGUCUUCGGCGUGAGCUGGGGCCAUCACUUCCUUUUCCGGCCGUACGACCUGGAUGUCAGCAGCAUGAUUUCCGGUUUUCUGGGUAUCGUCUUCUUUUGCGACUACUUGGCAUUUCGCGUGCUGGGCGUCUCGAUGCUCGUCCAGGUCUGCAUCUCCGUCGACGAUACGAUCAAGGAGGCUGAGGAGGCUGCUUGGAGCCUGGUUGCCGGACAGCCGGUACAAGGCAUGGACUUUUCGGAUCCGAUCAACCCGGAUGUCAUUGGCCAUCGAGAGGAGAUCGAGAUGGCAGCGACAUCCUCGGCCCCUUUGGAGUACCACCGGAGCAUGCGGCUGACGGCCUGA